CCCCAUUUUUCCCUCUCGCUUGUAAUCGAAGUCUCUCUCUCAUCUCUCUCUCUCGUCAAUUUCUUUGCCUAAAAUUCUCCAUAUUUCUCUCAAGUUUGUCUCGGGAUUUUCUCUCGGCUGUUCCCAAUCUGGGUUGAUCGGUCCUGAUCUCCGUCAAUUCCAAUUUGAUUUGACAUGGCUACAUAUACGCCAAAGAACAUCCUCAUAACAGGGGCUGCCGGGUUUAUCGCAUCCCAUGUCGCCAAUCGCCUCAUCCGCAGCUAUCCUGACUACAAGAUUGUUGUGCUUGACAAGCUUGAUUACUGCUCAAACUUGAAAAAUCUGCUUCCCUCGAAAUCUUCACCAAAUUUCAAGUUUGUCAAGGGGGACAUUGGCAGUGCUGACCUUGUUAACUUUCUCCUCAUCACGGAAUCAAUUGACACGAUUAUGCAUUUUGCUGCUCAGACCCACGUUGAUAAUUCCUUUGGUAAUAGCUUUGAGUUCACCAAGAACAACAUCUACGGCACCCAUGUCCUUUUAGAAGCAUGCAAAGUCACUGGCCAAAUCAGGAGGUUUAUCCAUGUUAGCACAGAUGAGGUGUAUGGGGAGACUGAUGAGGAUGCUGUUGUGGGUAACCAUGAAGCCUCUCAGCUCUUACCAACAAAUCCUUACUCUGCAACAAAAGCUGGAGCUGAAAUGCUUGUUAUGGCAUAUGGAAGGUCAUAUGGGCUACCUGUGAUAACCACCCGCGGAAACAACGUUUAUGGUCCUAAUCAGUUUCCUGAAAAGUUGAUUCCAAAGUUUAUCCUUUUGGCCAUGAGGGGGAAGCCUCUUCCAAUUCAUGGGGAUGGUUCCAACGUGAGGAGUUACUUGUACUGUGAGGAUGUUGCCGAGGCUUUUGAAGUCAUUCUUCACAAGGGAGAGGUUGGCCAUGUUUAUAAUAUUGGGACUAAAAAGGAAAGGAGAGUUAUUGAUGUGGCCAAAGACAUAUGCAGACUUUUCUCGAUGGAUCCAGAAACGAGCAUCAAGUUUGUGGAGAACAGGCCAUUUAACGAUCAGAGGUACUUUCUAGAUGACGAGAAGCUGAAGAUCUUGGGCUGGUCAGAACGAACUACAUGGGAUGAUGGCUUAAAGAAGACUAUAGAAUGGUACACCAAGAAUCCCCAUUGGUGGGGUGAUGUUUCCGGGGCCCUGCUUCCUCAUCCACGAAUGCUAAUGAUGCCUGGUGGUAUUGAGAGGCAUUUUGAUGGGUCUGAAGAGGAGAAAUCUGCGUCUUAUAUCUCAAGUAAUACCCGAAUGUUAGUUCCACCUACCAAAACCACCAGUUCUCCUCGUAAGCCUUCCUUAAAAUUCUUGGUUUACGGUCGGACUGGUUGGAUCGGCGGGCUGCUUGGAAAGCUAUGUGAGAAACAAGGGAUUCCGUUUGAAUAUGGAAAAGGGCGUCUUGAAGAUCGCUCAUCUCUCUUGGCAGACAUUCAAAAUGUUCGACCAACCCAUGUAUUCAAUGCUGCAGGUGUGACUGGUAGACCCAACGUUGAUUGGUGUGAAUCCCAUAAAACAGAAACAAUUAGGGCCAAUGUUGCUGGAACCUUGACCAUAGCAGAUGUUUGCAGAGAACAAGGGCUCCUAGUGGUGAAUUUUGCAACUGGGUGUAUAUUUGAGUAUGAUGCUGCCCAUCCUGAAGGUUCUGGCAUAGGAUACAAAGAAGAAGACAAACCAAAUUUCACCGGUUCUUUCUAUUCAAAAACCAAGGCCAUGGUUGAAGAGCUUCUGAAAGAGUACGACAACGUCUGCACCCUCAGAGUUCGAAUGCCUAUAUCAUCUGAUUUGAGCAACCCGCGCAACUUCAUUACCAAAAUUUCUCGUUACAAUAAGGUGGUUAACAUUCCAAACAGCAUGACCAUAUUGGAUGAACUUCUGCCGAUUUCAAUCGAGAUGGCAAAGCGGAACUUGAGGGGCAUAUGGAACUUCACAAACCCUGGAGUCGUGAGCCACAAUGAGAUCCUAGAGAUGUACAAAAAGUACAUUGACCUUGAUUUUUCGUGGGAAAACUUCACACUAGAAGAGCAAGCCAAGGUGAUCGUGGCCCCUCGAAGCAACAACGAGAUGGACACAUCAAAGUUGAAGAAGGAGUUCCCUGAGUUGCUACCAAUCAAGGAGUCACUGAUUAAGUACGUGUUUGAACCGAACAAGAAAACAUCUGCAGAAUGAGGAACUUUCAUACUUUUGGAUGUCAUCAUGAUCCGCCGCUGCAUUUAGCAUCAGAUGAUAUUUUUCAGGUACCUCUACAGUUGAACGUUAGUAUUACUCAUUAUUCAUUACUCACUGCUAGUUAUAUCUCAUUAUUUCUGCUCUUUAGAAGGCAAUGAGGGAUGGUAAUUCUAUUAGGUUUUUUGUCAUUUUUGGUUCUUGGAAGCAAUUUAGUUGCUGUCUGUUAUGUUCCCGUUUUCUUUUAACGAAUUUCGUAUAGGUUCUUAUAGAUGAUAUAAUCCGCAGGCUUGCGGCUGUGUACUUGAAUGUCUUGGAUACGUCGAUUUGUUGCUAAAUUCUUUCUUUACCGAGCUUAUACAAUAUUUUUAAGAUUAUACUGCUAAUUUUAUUGGAUC